CACCAGAUAGAAAUUAGAGAGAGAGAACACAAAAUGGCGUUGUUCAGAAAAGCUGCCACAGCGUUUGCCAUGUCCGUCCACCGCCUCCACCGCCAUCACGGGCUCACUGCCUUUUCUCCUUUCGCCGCCCACUGCUUCAGUACAGGCUAUCCCUCCAACCCAUGUCAUCCGAACAACCCUUUCAGAACGCCUACACAUGAGGUGAAGAUGGUGGAUGACAGCUACAUCUGCGUGAGGAUUGACGUGCCGGGUCUGACCUCAAAUGAACUGAAAAUGUCGCUGGACAAGCACAACUUCAUAAGGUAUGAAGGAAAGUGCAAGAGCGAAGCCGAGUAUGAGGAUGAGGGAAGGUGGUACGGAGGCACCAUUGAAUGUUCUCCGAAGGACUGCCACAUGGACCUGCUCAAGGCCGAAUUGAAGCAUGGCGUGAUCUGGAUUUCUAUGCCAUUGAAUGAAGAGACCAAGACGCGCCUCAAGAAGCUACGCCAAUUGGGACUUCUGAAACGUGUUUGAUUUGGGGGUUUUGGGUUUUCUAUCAAAUCGAACCCUUUAAUUUGAUUUUGGUUCCUUUUCGAUUUCUAUGUUUCUGAUCCAUCGAUCGUCCAUUAAUGUGUUCGUUUAAAUGCUCUAGAGAAGCUAGCAAUGAGAAAAUUUUAACUUUA